UUUAUCAUGAUAGACAUCUUUCUCCUUCUUAGCCUUAGCAAGUCCUUACUGAACUAAACUAAAUCUUGGUAUUCUCCAGUUUAAACUGUUAGAGAAUGAGUUAAAAGUAAAAACUUGAAACAUCGUCUCCAACCUCUUGUAUUAUACUCUUUUUGCUUCAAAGAAUAAGCCUAAGAUGAUUUCCACAGCCAUACGAAUUCGCCUGGCUGCUACUAAUGAAGAAUAUUUUACGGAUUUGGCGCCCCCGUACUGUUACUUGCGUGUGGGCCAAGUUCACGUUCCAUGCAAUGCUGACCAGAUAUUUGGACCGGCACACAGCCAAGAAUCAGUGUUUGAAUAUGGAGCGAAGUCACUUAGUAAUAAUUUUUUAAAAGGAAUGAAUGACGUGUCUUACGUCGCUGUCGGCCCCCCGGGAUCAGGCAAGACCUACACCCUGUUUGGCCCCGGAAGCCAACUAACCGACAGCUCUAUCAGUUUUGGCAUCUUUCAAAGAUUUGCCACGCACACAUUCUCGCAGGUUCAGCCUAUGUACUUGGCAGGGGAUGACCCAGCCAUGGUCCUGAAUGUUGCCUUCUUUGAAAUCAGCCCAACUGGUGAACUAAAAGACCUUAUUGACUGUAAAACAGUUCCACUUUUUGACUUGAAAAUCAAGACAGAAAGAAUGAAUCAUUUCAAGUACAUCACUUGCAAAUCCGCCAAGCGGAUGAUUGAUUGCUUGAACCACGCCCUUUCCAAUAGGCAGCAUAUAGGACACAUGGUGGCUGACAUAGUACUAACACAACCCAAUCUAGAGGAUGACUGCAGGCCUGUAACAACGUCAGUCUUGUUUGUUGACGUUGAUAAUCUGCUUUUCAACACGGAAACCCACCAAAUACAGGAGGAUUUACAUAUCCUGACAAGUCUUCUAUCGCAGGCACGAGGAGAGCCUCCUCAAAUCAGCAGAUUUGAGACGCCUCUUUACAGAAUUCUUCAGAAUUUAUUCGAUGGGCAACGCUGUUCACUAAUUUUCUUCUGCAUUUCACCAAGUUUCAAUAGUUGCACUAGUAAUGCGCCGUACAUAGCUCUUCUGUCAAGCAUAUCUGAACUGAAAUACACAAAUGUAAAUCUGAGGACCCAAUGUGAAAAUCAAAGGGAAUCCCAGCAAGAACAUCCCGUCCAAUUGUUAGAGUGUAUAGAAGAAGUAACUGAGAGCGAAGAAGAAAUUGCAAGUUCCAACGGGAAAAUGUCCGAAUCUCUCUCCCAAGACAAUUCCCUGUCUGAAAGUGACAGAGAAGACGGCGAUGUUAAUAUGUGUCAGUUAUCUGAUAAUAAUUUCAGCAAUAGCCUCAACGUCAUGUGUGACAAAUUUAACAUGUUUGUUGACAAAUUUGUUGACAGCUUUAAAGCCAAGACGAGUUUGUCGCCAGUUAAAGAAAGAAAACACGACUAUUCUUCGACAAGGCGAGGAGGGUUGGCUCUGUCGGCAGUUUACCCACCUCUUGUAAAUAUCCCCGUCCAACCAGUCCAAGUAGUUACGAGAGUGGAGAUGGCUCAACCCAUGCCCUAUUAUCAGCAAACGCAAACUGGAGCGGCCGGGGCCAGUAACCAUAGAACUACUGAGACAUCCACUGGUUGUAUCAGAAAAACUACGACCACGGCGCAAAGCAGCCAAACAAGCAAAGAGCGCAAAGAUCAAUCUGGAAAAAAGAGAUGGGAUUUGGAACCACAUGAGUUUGAUGAGUCACAAAUUAGUAAGGAUAAAGAACUACUUGAUUUUGACCUGGAACAUAUAACUCAACGCUUAAAUGAAGAGAAGAAGAGCUUACUAGAUAUCAUGCGCCGCUGGGAAUCUUUUAAAAAUCAGAUGAAAUCUAGUAAAUCAAACGGAAAUGAGCAUUUGGCAAGAACAGUUGAAACUGAAAGGAAAACCAACAUGCAACAGGGGGUGAAAGCGUUGGCAACAACACUCUCAACUAUGAAAUCGAUGUUUAAAGAGGACUUUGAAGGGUCGUCCGAAUUUGACCCAAUGGGGUUCUGCAACUACAUCUGCGACCAUCGACGUUACCGACAUAUGCUAGUGACCAAAAAAAAUGAACUUGAAGCUUGUAUAAAGGACAAAACGGCAACGGAAGAAGAGAUCCGAUACCACAUUUCAGUGGACGAAAUGAUUGCGCUGAUUGACUCCUGCAUAGAGUUUCUUAGCUGUCUGAUGCAAAAUGAACCGAUUGAACAUAAGCUGGCAAAGACUGUUGGUGGGUUUGUAAUGAAGACCAACAUGGAAAAAUUGACGACGUUGGAGGUGAGGCAUCUCUUGUACCAAUACUUCACAAAAGUCGUAGACUUGCGUGAAAAUAGCAAGCAGAUGGAAAACACCAUCAAAGAACUAGAAUAUUUGUCCACGGUGAUUGCGGCAACACUUGUGAGCAUAUCUUGCGGUCUCAGCAACAGCUGUGAUCGUCUGCCCCAAUUACGGCAACUCAGUGAUCGGCCUUUCGGAUAUCCGAACAUACUCGGUGUAAUCACCCCAGACAGGAAGCAAGUAGACAGUUGGGCACUUAUGGCGGCCAUGCCCCCACUGAGUGGUCACAGGUUGCUGGUGAAUCUUCUGCCUUAUCCAGUGGCGGCCAUGCCCCCACUGAGUGGUCACUCGGUUGCUGGUGAUUCUUCUGCCUUAUCCAGUGGCGGCCAUGCCCCCACUGAGUGGUCACUCGGUUGCUGGUGA